UGUCCCCCCCCCCCCUCCCACCGCCGUCGCUGUGCCCGGCGGCUGGCAUGCCCCUCCCCCCCCCUCCCCCACUGGUAUAUAAACUGGCGUCGGCCGGCGGCUGCCCGUCUCCACCAUGUAUCGUCCGCUGCUGCUGUUCGCGGCGCUUCUCUGCCUGGCUUCGGCCGGCCGCGUGCCUCGUGGAGUGCCGGCUCUCAACAAUACCUGCCUCUGCGUGCCCUUCUAUAACUGCGAGGAUGGCCAGCUCAUCACCGAUGGCGCCGGUCUGCUUAACCCCAGGUUCGGCCCUCGUGACAAGUGCACCGAUUUCAACAUCUGCUGUAACGACGAACAGACCAUCAAGAAGAUCGAGGCCAAGCCAGGCGUGGACAAGAGUGUGAUGACAACCAUCAAGGACGGCAUCAGCGAGCUCUUCAGCGGCGGCUCCAAGCCUUCCGUCGGGGCUGGAGAGUGCGUUUGCGUCGCUUUCUACCUAUGCGACGGAGGAGUUCUGUCGAAGGAGAUUGCCAACCAGGUCGACCUACGUCAGGUUUCCUCCACUGGUCGUUGCAAUAAUGAUAAUGAGCAGUGUUGUUCUCUGCCGCGCUCGGCUGAGCCGACCGCGCCUCUGGUUCCUGCGUGCAACUGCACGAGUCGUCAGUACUGCAGCGAGAGGGAUGUCCAGCCUCUGAGGCUCGGCCAGGUCGCCUGUCGGUCCGAUGAGGUCUGCUGCAGUAACCCGCAGGUCCCCACGGGCGGAUCGGGCACUGGAGCCGGUGGUAUUGUACCCGACACGGAACGGCCCGACUAUGACCUGUGGAAGUUCUGCAAGUCGUACCCACUCAGCGUGGCCUGCGUGAGGUCGCGGCAGAUCACCGGCAGACCGACCCUGCUGCCCGCCAAAAACUUCGACCCUGAUCUGGAUGCGGACGAGCUCAACAAGGCGAUCGGCCGCUGGGACGCCACCGAUUCGGUCCUGAUCGACAUUCUGACCCGACGCACCUUCGAGCAGCGCUACCUCAUCGCGCAGGCCUACUACCGGAAGUCCGGCCGGAACCUGGCCGAUGCCAUCUCGUCGACAACUCGCGGCCACUUUGACGACCUGAUGGUAGCGUUGGUACGUAACGCCGGCUACUACGAGUACCUCGCCGAGGAGCUGCGUGACGCCAUGCACCGCGCGGGAACGGACGAGGACACCGUGCUGGAGACUCUGAUCAGCAGCACCAGCGAGGAGAUUCAGAUCAUCCGCCGACACUACAGCAGACUGUCUGGAAACCCGGACCUGAUCGCUGACAUCAAGGACGACUUCAGCGGGGACCUUGAGGACAUCCUCGUGGCUCUGGUGAACGGAUCCCGCGACAACAGCUUCCGCGUCAGCAAGACUCUGGCCGCCGAGCAGGCUGCUGCCCUCUACCAGGCCGGCGAGGGUCGUCUCGGCACCGAGGAGGAGACGUUCAAGUAUUACCUGACACACGAGAACUAUGCCCAGCUGGCCCUGAUUUUCUCCGAGUACGAGCAGCUGGCCCGCGAGUCCUUCGCCGAGGCGCUGGAGGAUGAGUUCAGCCGACAUGUGGAGGACGCUACGCUGGCCAUUGUCGAGGUGACCCGCAACCUGCCGCGGUUCCUGGCUCUACGUCUGCACGAUGCUCUCUGGGGCCGCGGACCGCUCUCCAAGGACGACUCCUCGCUCAUCCGUCUGAUUGUGUCUCGUGCUGAAAUCGAUCUGGGAACUAUUUCCGAAGAGUACUUCACUCUGUACGGCAGGAAGUUGAUCGACGAUGUUCAGCUGAAAUCCACUGGUGACUAUGACACAGCGCUGUCCCGUCUCCUGGGCGGAAAUUGAGAGAGUCGACGCACACCUAAACACCACAUCUUUUCGCCGAGGGUCGCUCAAGGCUCAGUACUUGGACCCGUGGCCAAGCUCGGUCGGCCUUUGCGGUGCUGCGUGUUGAAAGUGACAGCAUGUUUUGGUAGUGUACUGCAAUGAUUAGUGUCUGCAAUUGGCGGAUGAGAAUGGCCAGUUUUCUCGCGCGCCCAUACUGUUGGCAUUACAAAUGUCCUUUUUGUGUGUGAAAUGGAUGUUAUGUACAACGACAGAAAGUUGAAAUAAAAAAGUUUCACAUUA